AUGGCUCUACUCGAUGCCCCCCAGGCCAGAGGCGCCUUGAAGGGGGGUCCGACGCUCUUUGGGGUGCCCAUGAAGCAGGCAUCGCUCAUUACUUUGACCUUCCAAAAUUCAGCCCUCAUCCUUAUCAUGCAUUACAGUCGGAUAAUGCAACCCUCGGGAGACCACAGAUACUUCACCAGCACGGCAGUCUUCCUCAAUGAGGUCAUCAAGCUCGCCAUCUCCGCCACUUUUGCCCUCUACGACGUCUCGAGGAGCCUUGCGCCCCAAACUCCUGCCACAGUACUUUUCGAGCAGAUAUAUCGGUCGGCAUUCAGCGGCGAUGGGUGGAAACUGGCGAUCCCGGCAACACUGUACACCUUCGAGAACACGCUGCAGUACGUGGCUCUGGGUAACCUGGAUCCAGUACAUUUUCAGGUCUUGUACCAGCUGAAGGUGCGUCGCAAGUCCCCACGUGGCCGCGCGGGCGCAAAGUAG